AUGGAUCGGAUUAGAGCGGAGGCCAAGCAGUUCAUGGAGGACUACUACCGGACGUUCGACACGAACAGGGUGGACUUGGUGAACCUGUUCCAGGAAGAGUCGAUGCUGAACUUCAAGGACCGGGAGAUAAUCACGGGCAAGGAGGCUAUCGUUGCCAAGCUCACCUCCGUUCAAUGCCAGUACCAUAUCAGCAAUUUGGUCUGCGUUACCGACAUCCCCACCCGCGGCGCGGUCGCCCAGGUCACCGGCUUCAUAUGGCUAGACGGCAAGCAGGAGGCCGUCCAUUUCUGCCAGGAGGACGAUGGAUUGGAUGAGAUGGGCAUUUUUGUGGAUUUCAAUAUCACCACCUCGGGCGAUCCCUUCAUUCGUAGUUAG